ACCUAAAAACCUAAGUUUUUAUUCUCCCCUAAUCUCUCAGUCUCUCCGCCGAAUUCCUUUCCUUUCCCCGUGCCUUAAGCCCGACGACGCUUCUUCCCUCUCGUCGCGACGCCGCUUCUUCCCCCAAAACCUCGCCUCGCGACGCCGCCCUCUCCAUCCUUCCUGCCCUCUCUCGAGUUCUCGGACGCCUCCGGCCUUUCCUCCUCACGCGGACAGCACAGCGGCAAUCAUUCUCCCUUGCACGAGUAUUGCGGACCAUAGUCGCCGAUCCUCUUCUCCCCAAGCCACCGCCGUUUUCUUCGAGCCACAGCCGCCUGCCCUCCUCCACACGUGAGCAACACAGCGUCGCCGUCCUUGUCCCCGACGCUGACCGCAGUGAGCCCCAGCUCCACCGGCAUCCUUCUCUGGCCACGACGAGAGCUAGCCAGCAAGUACACAGUUCGUAGAUUAGUUUCGAAGAGUCAGCCUCCAAUGUUGCCACAGAAGAGGCCACAUCCUGACUCCAAAUCUAAACCUCCACCACUCCCAGAAGCUGAACAAAAAAUCUACACAUCGAUCAAGAGCAAACAAAGCAUGGGGAUUUGGACAGCGGACAUCAAAAGAGAAACAGGUCUUCCUAACACUGUUGUCACCAAGGCCCUCAAGUCACUCCAGAACAAAAACCUUAUAAAAGAUGUCGUCAAUGUUCACAACAGAGCUAAAAAGAUGUUCAUGGCUGUGGAGUUUGAACCAUCAAGGGAAAUAUCUGGUGGUUCAUGGUACACCGAUGGAAAACUCGAUACAGAGCUCAUCAACGCUUUGAAGAGAGUUUGCUUGAGGUAUAUUGCGGAGCACAAAGUCACAACAAUGGAAGAAAUAUCGAGGUCCAUAGAGGCCUCAAGAGUGCUGAACGUGCCAUGUAGCAUGCAGCAGUUGCUUGAGAUCGUUCGUACCUUGGUUCUUGACAAAGAGAUUGAGGAAUUUAGGAGCAAGGGUGCAGGAGAAUUCGCGCGUGUGCCAUCAGGUAAGACUUGCUAUAGGAUCUCAAGGGGAAAAGUGGGAACUGAAGCUGGUUACUUGGCUUCAGUUCCUUGCGGAGUGUGCCCGAGAAUAAGCGAAUGCACACCCGAUGGGGUUAUAUCACCCAAGACAUGUGUGUACUACAAUAAAUGGCUCAAUCUGGACUUCUAGAUGUUCCCUGUCAUUCAAACUUCCUUUCCUUAGGGUCGCAAUGACUACAGAAAGCUGCUGCAGCAGCUGAGGAUUUUUUUUUUUGGGUUCGAUUGCCAACUAGAUAUUAACCUUGCUUGUAAUUAUUGUUUAUUUUGCAACAAGUUAAGAUCUACUUGUCAGUUAUGUUCAAUCAAUGGAAGAAAAAGUGAGCACAAAUCAAGAAGGUAAGUCCUCUCA